CCUUCAGCACAGAAAAGACCAAGCAGUGUGCCGUAAUAAAUACGUUGCUCCAGAGCCCAAGGCAAAAGGAAAAUUACAAUCAAAAUCCAGAAAUCAGAUGAAUGGAUCCCAGCCAGUCUUUCAGUCAUCCUCCAGGAGCCUGGAAUUCAUCUGAGGAUCCAGCAAUGCCUGCAACACCCCCACCAGCAUACGAGUACAAUCCUCCUGGAUAUACUCCUUUCCUUCCAAACCAGCCGGUCCCCCAGGGCCCCUACACCCAGGGGCCGUAUUCAGGACAGUCCGAUUUCGCUGUACAGCCUGCAGUUUUUGUGACCACUGCUCCACUGGCCAGUCCAGUGCCAGAUUACUUGGGUUACUCCAUCUUUACCAUGCUGUGCUGUUUUCCUCUGGGCAUUGUUGGGCUGAUUUACUCAUGCUCUACUCGAAAAGCCAACUACUCAGGACAGCGAGAAUUAGCAGAGAGGUACUCCAAGACAGCACUCAUCGUGAAUUAUAUCAUCAGUGGCAUUGCCCUUGUUAUUAUUGUUAUUGUUAUCAUCGUGAUUGCAAUUUGAAGAUAAAAGCUUUUAGAGCUGACAAAGUUGGAUAUAGAUCACAAACAGAUUUGUUUUUCUGUAUUUUAAAGGUUACUCACUCAAUUUAUCAUUAUUCUUAUGCUUUAAAGCUGAUUAUUGUAUGUUUAAAACAAUGAAAGCUACCAUACAGUUUUCUGUUCUCUUCUAUAAUGUUUUGUUUAUUUAAAUAUAUUGUAUGCAGCUGUGCUAAUUUUUUACAUAUAUAUUUUAUUACAUGCAGUAUGUGUAAUGUGUCUUCAAGAUUGAAUAUCUUUGAAGAAACACCCAAACAAUUUAACAAUGUGAGGAUGAAAUAUUAAACAAAUAAAUGUUUUAUAACACUGAAUUAUUACCUACAGUUUCCUGCCAGUUUAUAAGAAAUGUGUCAGAAAAUACUAUUGUGAACAUUUCCCGAAAUUAAAGUGUUAGUCAAAUACUGAAAUCAGA